AUGUCAGCAGAAAUAGCCACAUCAUCCGGACCGCCCAACGCAUCCGGUGGAGCUCCGAAUUUUCCCACAAAUGGAGAUGAUCCGGUUCUUGGCACGUCAUAUCGCGUAAUCGGAGUACUUGGCGAGGGAGCAUUCGGAGAAGUACUUCUUAUACUCAAUCAAAUCAAUCCAGAUAUGGCUGUCGCAAUGAAGAAAAUGAAAAUUACAAAUGAAACUAACACAAACAAUAUCAGAAAGGAAUUUCUUAUACAAAGACGUCUUUCACAAGAUGGGCAUGACAAUGUCAUCAGAAUGAUAGGAAUGAGAUCAGACGAUAAUUUUCAUUAUCUAUUCUUGGAAUACGCUGACGCAGGAGAGUUAUUUGAUAAAAUAGAGCCCGAUACAGGAAUGCCUGUAGCUUAUGCUCAAUUCUAUUAUCGUCAAUUAAUCAACGGGCUCAAAUUCAUUCAUGACAAUGAUAUUGUUCAUCGCGAUAUCAAACCAGAGAAUCUUCUGCUCACUAAAAAACAUGAAUUGAAAAUUUCCGAUUUCGGAAUGGCGACAUUGUAUCGUAAUAAAGGACAAGAAAGAUUGUUGGAUUUGAGUUGCGGAACAAUACCAUACGCUGCACCAGAAGUUUGUGCUGGACAGAAGUACAGAGGACCACCAAUCGAUAUCUGGUCAUCUGGAAUUGUAUUGAUCGCUAUGCUUACUGGAGAACUGCCAUGGAACAAGGCUAGCGAUUCUUCUUUCUCAUAUCUUCAAUGGCUUGGCAACAACAAUUUGGACGAGAAUCCAUGGAAAAAGAUCGAAGUUCCAGCUCUUUGCAUGCUCCGUAAAAUUGUGACUGACAAUGUUCAUCGUCGUGCUACUAUCGCACAAAUCCAAACGGAUCCAUGGUUCAUUCAUGAUUAUGGGAAAUUGGAGACUCCUAAGGGAAAACCAUUGAAGAGAGCACGAUUCACUGAUGAGAACACGCCAACAAUCGCUUGCACUCAAGAUACAGGAUGCAUGUCUAUUGCAAAAAGACGUCAUAUGGAGACACCUGAUGAGAAGAGCGCAUUGAUGAUCAAACAAAAUGCAUCAUUCUCUCAACCGACAAGAACUGAUGAACUCAUGCUCACUCAGCACAUAGAUAUGUCACAAAAUAAUACGAAUCUUCUCGAUCGAAUGGUUGUCCGAAUGACUCGUUUCUGUACUAAUAUCGACAUGAUCACAACAUCUCAUCAACUUUGCAAUGCCAGUGAAGAAGCUGGAUUCGUCGUGCGUAGAUCUUCUAACAAUCGUCUUUUGGUAACCUUCAGUGAUGUAUCAAUGAUGAUUACUAUGUAUGCGAUGGACAAUGGACCGGAUCACCCUCGUGUUAUGGUCGACUUCAGAAGAUCAAGAGGAGACGGACUUCAAUUCAAAAAGAUGUUUGUGGCAGUCAAAUCUCGUAUGCGUGAUUCGAUUUGCACCGACGGAAACAACUGGCUAGCCGAUUACGGAUACGUUCCAAGAGAUCCUCCAGUUCCCAACUUGGGAGAACUGCAUCGAGGCAUAGUGUCUCUCGUCAAUGUUGCACUAUAA